AUGGGUUAUUUUUCAAAAAGCGUGAAAAAGAGAAUCGGAAAUCGUAAAAGUAAACCCAAGGAAAGAGAGAAAGGACCUUCAAAAUGUAAAAAUGGGCAAAAAGAUUGUAUUGGAAAUGUGGUGGACGAGGUGAAUUUGCCCGAGCCGACGCCAAAUUUUCAGAGAAAAAUCAGACUUGCAAAUGGAAAAUUUGAUUAUAUUGAAGAGGAUGCACUUGCAAUGACGCUAAAAAAAACGGAUUAUACAAUCGCCUCUGUGAUCGUCUUUCUUUUCUUUAGUGCUGGCUUCCUAAUUUUUUGGGCCAGUAAAAAUGGGAGAAAAAGAAGUCCAUUCAGAAGUUUGACUAAACAAGAGACAAUACCGCUUAGAGAAAAAAAGAAAACACUAUUCCCGACCGAAUCCUCGUUAAACAUUUACCCGAUACGCAAAAUUGGGAGUGGAGGUUAUGGAAUUGCCAUGGAGUUGAUUGGAUACAAUCCG